UUUAUAAAAUUUUAUUGUCUUCUUCUUCACUUGAAGAAGCUUUGUUAUCUUCAAAUUCAGCUUCUAAAAGCUGUAACCAUAAUGCAUUACCUACAAUUUUAUUGGUUAUUGAUUUUACCAAUCUGGAUGAUCUGAUCUAG